UCCCUCUCCCUCUCCCUCUCCCUCUCCCUCUCCCUCGGUUUGCUUGUUGGGGUUUCCAUCCUCUCUUCUCUCCCCCACCCCCCAACCCUUACAGUCUCAUUCUUGUUUGUAUGAGGAGCAAGAUAAUUCACUUUAAUGAAUUAUAAAACUUGUUUCACUGCAGUGGGUCUUCAUUUCCCCCCCACCCGCCCUCUUCUUGCUGCCACAGAUUUACUGUUUGGGAGUGGAACAGUAUUAAGUUAGAUCUCAUUCCACUUGUUUCAAAAGACCACAAUUCCCUGGCUGGUAUGUGCAGUGGGAGCUCCCGUGAGAUAUUUCACUUGGGUGAAGGGAUGCUUGCUAGGGGAGAAGGUUGGAUGUGAAAGAGAGGUUGUUGGCUCUUAGCAAGGAUCAGGGCUCGGGCCACCAGAACCUGGAGGGUUGGCGGGGGGGGGAGGCAGAAGGAGGUACAUGGUCCUCAUCCAGGCAGGUCUCAAGCUCUAGAGAAGGGAUGGGGAAACUUUUCCAGCCUGGGGGCUGCAUUCCCUUCUUGGCAAGAUAUUGAGGGCCACUUGCCAGUGGUGCGUAGUGCCAGAGGCAAAUGUGGGCAAAACAGGGAAUGUAUAUUUUCCCUUUGUACAGUAGACUACUACACACACACUCCAUUCAUACAACCACUGUUAUCAAAAUUCAAGGACAGAGGGUGGAACCUAGCAGAGUCCCAAGAGCCCAGAUAGAGAGGGUUGGAGGGUCGUAUUUGGCCCCUGGGCCUCAGGUUCCCCACCUUAGAUGUCACUAAAGCUGUCAUGGCUGUUUCAACAGGUGUUCUUCCAAGGUUACAUAGUGAAACUAGCUGCCACCCCGUUUGCUGCCUAGCAACCCAAAGCCAGGUAAUCCCAGAUCUUACAGUCCUUGGGAUAUCUCGUAUCGGCACUGGGACAGCCUGAGAACGAUGACGCAUGUCCUUUCCCUAGGUCUUAGUUGCAGGUGGAUAUUACUUGAAUAUUUGAUAAUAUCUGAGCAGCCCAUUUUUUGCAGGGGUGGGAUUGGUAAAAUGCCAAUCCACUUUGGGGCUGGGCAGCCAUAAGAUUGUCCAGUCUCCUAACCCAAAGUAUUUGUGAGCAACUUUCCUUCUCGGACAUAAAAUCCCUUCCCGCUUGCAUUUUUAAGAGCUAACUGUGGUUAGCGUUAACAUGUGCACCAAUCUCAACACCAACCAUGGUCAGUUGCAAAUUUAAAGAUGGAACCAGGUUUGCAAACUCUUGGUUUGAACUUACUGUAUAUUCCUGCGUAUAAGACUACCGUACUUUUUAACCCAGGAAAAUCUUCUCAAAAGUCGGGGGUCGUCUUAUAUGCUGGGUCGUCUUAUUAAUAUGGCGAGUAUAUCUCAAACUCUAUAUUUUAACAGGAAAAGUUGGGGGUCGUCUUCUACGCCCAGUCGUCUUAUACGCUGGGAUACACGGUAAUCACAGCUAAGACGAAUUGCGCCCAUGACUAGCUCUGAAAAGGAUAGUUGUUCUGGGAAGGGAACAGGGACUCCUAACAAAGCUCUGGGAAGGGAACAGGGACUCCUAACAACUCUCAGAACACGUAACAAACAACAGCUCCCAGAAUCCUUUUGGGGUAAGCCGUGACUGUUUAAAGUGGUAUCAUACUACAGUGGUGCCUCGCUUAACAAAUGCCCUGCUUAAUGAAAUUUCCGCUUAACGAAAGGAUUUUUUGAGCGGAGGUUGCCUCGCUAGAUGAAUUCGUUUUACGAAAAAGUCGUCUAGCGAAUCGCGGUUUCCCAUAGGAAUGCAUUGAAAUUCAAUUAAUGCGUUCCUAUGGGCAAAAAAAAUUUCAAAAAAAAUUCAGUGCAUUCCUAUGGGAUUCGCUAGACGAAUUUUUCGUUAUAAGAAAAGACCCGUGGAACGAAUUAAAUUCGUCUAGCGAGGCACCACUGUACUUCAAAUGUACGGCACAAAUGUGGCCUUAAGUCACGUCCAUUGGUGUCAAUGGAUAUACUGUACUCUGUGCAUGACUUAGUUGAAGACAACCCAAGAAUUUUCAGCUCAGUUCCACUAGAGUGCAGGAAAGGCACAGAAUAUCAGCUUUUCAUUUCAAUUUUUUAUAGCUCUUGUGGGCUUAUUUACAAGGCUGGGUUAGGGGACCAGACUGUGUCGUCUACGCUUGGCUUUGGCGGUUCCAAAAGCCCUCUUUAAAAGUUUCCUGUUUUCAUCCCUCAAAACUUGGCUUCUCUUCUUGAAGUUGUACACAGAGUUGCAGUGCUUUGAUUUUGGCAAAUCUGGAGGCCGCCUGUAUGGAGACGCUGUUCAAUUACAUUCUUCAGACCAUCUUAAAUUGUCUCGGGAAGUGGUGCAGGUAAAGAUGGCUACUACAUCUGUUUGUUUGCUUCGUGUGUGUUUGUUAAAAAAAGAUAAUUGGGAAGCUUCUGCCAUCUUUUUUUUUUUGCCACAAGCAAACUCCUCACCCGCAUUCGGAAUGAGGGCGGCUCUAGCGUGCUUCUCAAUUUUCCCUCCUUUUUGAAAGAAGAAAAUCCAUCUGUUCCGGAUGCUGGCAUUCAAAAUGGUUGCCUUACCCCCCCCUCACUGAACAAGACCAAAUCGAUUACGUAUCUCUCUUCCGCCGCCACCCCCCCCUUUUCACCUCUCUCCCUGAGUCAUUCUCUAACUCAGGCAAGUCUCCCAUCCUAAUUCAAUCAGGGGCGGUGUGUGGGGGGGGGGAGCAGACUUCACAGCGGUAAAAUACUUGAGGGCCUUCUUUUUUCAAUAGCUUAUUGUUCAGGUUUCCUCGACCAUUAUGGGGAAACAAACAGCCACAAAGGGGGGGGGGGAAUCUGGGCAUUCAAAUGGGUGCUACCCAAGAGAGGUGGGAGAGAAUACCUCACAUUCCUAUGCUUCAGAAUCAAAUUCUCAAGGCACCUGGGUUUGGGGCUCUUUUCUCUCUCCCCCCUCCUUUCUUUCUUUUAGCCCAGGUGUCUAGUAUACUUACCAGUUUGGCAGUAUGGUUGGGUGGCAGAGUUCCACCAGUGCACAGAAAAGUCACAGAAUGCCACUUCUGCAGUUUUAUUUUGAUUUUUAAAAAAUGGUUUCUAGGCCUUAUGGCUGCAGAGGUAGGCUUGGUUAUGUGCGAGCAACGCCAGCAGAAGCCUCUGGCUCCCACUAUUCCAAAGGUGCCUGAAUAAAGGUUGUAUCCAACUAAGUCUUACUCAGACGCAUUGAUAUCAAUUGACUUAAACAGGGCACAUUCACACCACUGUAACAGCACUUUAAACCAUCCCUGAAGAAUCCUAGGAACUGUAGUUUGUUAAGGGUUCUGAGAGUUCUUAGGAGACAACCCCCCUCCCAUUUCCCUCAUAGAGCUACAAUUCCCAGAAUGCACUGUGAAGAGUGAUUGAUUGUUAAACCACUCUGGGAAUUAUAGCUCUGGGAGGGCAAUAAGGGUCUCCAAACAACUCUUGUCACCCAUAACAAACUACAGCUCCCAGGAUUCUUUGGGGUAAGUCAUGACUGUUUAAAACAGCAUCAUAGGUCUUGACAUAUAUCAAUCAAUCUCUUUUACAGUGGAACCUCAGGUUACGGCGGGGAUCCGUUCCGAAGGCUCCGCCGCAACCCGAAAACGCCGCAACCAAAAGUGUCGCGUCUGCGCAAUUUAGCGCUUAUGCGCGUGCACGAACCCAGAAGUAGCCUGUUCUGGUACUUCCGGGUUUGUGCCAGUCUCAAGCCGAGGGUGACAUAAGCUGGAGGCUCCACUGUAUUGGCAUAGAAAAAGUGCAUCAUAUACAUGGAUCUUGACAUAUACAGGAUGUGAAUGUGGCCUUUGUCAAGUCCAUUGAUACCAAUGAUUCUACUCUGAAUAAGAUGUAGUUGGAGACAACCUGAGGAUUUUUUGCUCAGUUCUUCCAGAGUGCAGGAAAGUCACAGAAGAUCAUAUUUUAAUUUCAUUUUUAAAAGUUUCUAACCCUCAGGCCUUCAAAUACAGGCUUGGACGUGCGUGUGAAAUGCCUGCCUAAACCUCAGGCUUACCCAAAGAGUGGCUGCAUAAGAUUUUUCAGCUAUCAGCAGAGUAAAAAAAAAAGGUAAAGGUAAAGGACCCCUGAUAGUUAAGAUGACUCUGAGGUUGCAGCGCUCAUCUCGCUUUACAGGCUGAGGGAGCUGGCAUUUGUCCACAGAGUACCUCAUGAAUGUUUUAAUAACUCCCCUCCCCCAAUAUCUAAUAGUAGCAGUGCUAAUUAUAUGCAAGUAAGCAUAUACAAUUCAUAAAAUACAAUUUUAUGCUGGUUGCAGAAUUAAGGCUUCUUGAGCGCAGAAUUUGGGUUGGCUUGGGUAAGGAUUUUGGUUUGUGUUUAUGCAUACAGGCAUGCAUAACUUUAGUACAAAGUACAGUAUCUGCAACCUGUUUUUAGUGCAGAGAGACUCUUUCAGGGAAUGUAAGUAUGUAAAGUGCGCUACAACGGGAAGGUGCCCAUUAAGAACACAAGAGCCCUGCUGGAUCAGAACCAGUAGCCCUUCUAACCCAGGAUCUGGCCUCCCAUAGUGGGCAGCCAGAUGCUGCUGAAAGCAGAGCAAUGAAGAUGAUAGCUGGCCCCCAUUUUCUCCUAGCCUCUGGUAUUUGGAGAGAGAGAGUGCUUCUGAUCCCAGAGGUUCCAUUUAACUAUCACUCCCUCUAAUAGCAAACUCAGGAUGCUGAGUGUUGAUGGCUUUGUGGUCAAUAUGAAGUUACUGAGUAACUUGUGGGGAGGUAUCAAUAUGCUUAGGGGAGGACCACAGAAUGGUGAGUAUCUCCUGGCAGGGGUUGGGAAAUGGAAACCAAGGGGGUAGAGGAUUGGAAUUAGAGUGUCCUGGAAGACAUCGUGGUAGGCACCUGAACAGGAGCACUUCAUGCUGCAACAUUUUGUUGCAGCUCCAACUAGUCAUGGAGACUAGCCAUUGGCAGAGUUCUUCAUUCAUUCAUCCUAUCCCCAUUUAAAACCAGAGACUAGCAUCACAUCUUUUGCCAGGGAGUUCCAUCAGUUAAUUCCAUGCUGUUAGAAGAAGCGCUUUCUUUUGUCUGUCCUGAAGCUGCUACCUGAUGGAUUUCAGUGAGCCACUAGGAGCAUUAUACAAGCUUUUAUUGAGCCCCAACUGGAAUAUUUAAACCAGCCUUACAAAUAAGAAAGUAUUGAUGCUCACAAUGGUUGUUUUGUUUGUUUUUAAUAGUCGCCCUGCAUUGUGUUAUUAAGGGAAGGGGGGGGAUCCAAGGUUUUAAUGAGGUCUCCCUACCUGUUGCUUGGAGGCAAGUCUGACUCACCAUAGGCGAGUGAGCUACUUGCAAACUCGGCAUUGGUUGACUGGGAUAUUCUUGAAGAAAUCUUUCUAAAGAGACCCUAAUUUUCCUUUUAAAAAACCAACAACCUCAAGCUGCAUGUUUGCUAUGAAACUACAGCAUCCAUAAAUCUAUGUACCUUUAAAAGAAUGGGAAUGGAGUCUGCUUUUUCCCCUCCCUGGUUUCCCCCUUUGCUUGCCCUCCCCCUUUUUCCUCACCAGAACUUCUCCCUGCCAGCCACACCACAUUUCUUCAUAAACCUUAACACCUUAGAAACAGAGUGAAUUAUACAAAUUAAAUGUAAUUGACUUGAUUUGCAUAGUUCUAAGUAGAAAAUUCAGAGUGUGUGGAGUGGGAGAGUUAGGAUUUCUGUGAAUUCCAGUGUGAACAGACCUGAUUUACACCCCCAAGACUAAAUUGUGGAUCGGAACAUAAUUUUGCCCUUUCCCGAAUUUUGUGAUGCAAUUCUCAGCUUUAAAAAAAAGUCAGGAAUGUUUUCAAAAUGUGUAUAUUGAGAUAAAACCCAUUGAGGAAUGUGCCCAUUGAGAUGAACAAUGCAAAAUAUAGUGGCAAAACGUUUAUUUAAAUUUGUGUUUGAACGUGUACCUUAAACAUGAAUUUUCUUGGAGUUUUCUAUGAAUAAAAUUUACUGAUUAACGUGAAGUCUGAACUGGGCUUAAAAACAUGCACAUGUCCGGUAGGCCAUGACUGCAAAGAGACUGAUCCAUCCAUCCCUAGAGGGGAAUACACCCUGCCCUCUGCAUAAAUACCCAUUAAUUACCUUCCUUGUUUCUGUUGUGGGCCAGAUUGGGCCACUUUUGCUAAUAAGCUCAGCUUGGUUGGCGCCAUGCUGGAAAUUCUACAGUAAUUAUCAGUUUGAAUUAGGGCCACAGCAUUUUAGUUAGUUAAGACUAAUCAUAUGAAAACAUCUUUUGAUCAACCAAAAAGCUCUUCUGGUUAAUAAGCAGGCAGGGUGAAACCACUGCCCCACAGGCUCAAAGGCAGUCUCCCGCUGAGUACCAUUGAUUGAGGAACAAACAGAGCCGCUCUUUGCUGUGCUAGAGGGCUUCCCACUGUUGACAUCUGGAGGGCCACAGUUGCUCUGUCCUGAUCAGUAAACAGGACCCAGCCUGAUGAAAGGUCUGAAUUCUGUGGGACUCAUCAAGCAAGAUACCAUUUUUGGCACAGGUGUGGUCAUCUAGGGCGGUAUUAGCAACCUUCCCAAUAGUGUCCCAAAAUUGACAAUUUUGCUAUCAUGUAUGUUGAUGGCUGCCAUAUUCUUCUACAGAGGACCGGGGGGGGCAGUUUUGUUACAUGGUGGCAUCUUGGCCAACCAUCCCUUGUCUUGGAUCAGCCUUUAACAGCAGGCAUCCCUGAGGUGGACAGAAGGGCCUGGCUUGAGGCAAGCUGCUCCAAUAAUCAGUCAUGCAUUCCCAGCUGGGGAUGUGCAAGAAAUUCAACCCAGCUUGGGUUUUGAGGCGAGCUUGCAUAAUUCGCACUGUUCGAAACCACAUAAGAACCAAAGGACACAGCCGUCCUCUGAAAUCCACGCUUCGACGAAUUUUGCAGUGCACUUCUCCAGCCUAGCAGCCCAGUAAUGCAGGUCCUGGGGUUAAGGCAUGAAAGAAAAUGCAUAUAUCAUCGAAAACGCCAUUUCAUAAUGCAUAAUAUUAAAGGAAAUUAUUUGCUGGCAGUGGGACGGGGACGUGUACAUUAGGCAAAAUCAGCAUCUAGUAGGCAUGUCUAUCAGGAGAAAUUCGCACUCAGUUACUGAUGAAUUUUCAGGAGGACCGUUUUCUUUGAAAAAUCACAAAUUGACGGGGGGAAUCACAAACUGAACUGAACUUGAGAAAUGAGAAAUGAAAUGGGACAGCUUUGCCCAUCCCUACUCCCAUGUUGAGGCCAGCUUGCAUUGGCCUUCCCAUGCUGGUGGGAAGGGGGACUCAGCUAUUGGAGUCAGCCAGGGUAGUACAUGUGUUGCAUUGCUACCUACUGUAGUAGAAAACUCCCUCCCCCCCCCACUUACACACACACAUUUGUGCAUUUGCUCACUUGGAAACAUUUACUUUGGGGUGAGCCAUCAGGUGCUUUGAAUGCACAGCCCCUGAGUUUGGAUUAGUCUGGACAUAUUUGUGAUUGACCCUUGUGAGGGUGGGGGGCUGGCAUCUACCAUGGAUAAGCUCUCUUCAACAUAGAGCGGAUGUGGGGAACCUUUCACUCUCCAGAAGUUGCUGAACUAUGACUUCCAUCAUCCCUCACCAUUGCCCAUGAGUGUAGGGGCUGGUGGGAGUUGUAGUUCAGCAAUGUCCUGACAACCUAACGUUCUCCCACAGUUGAUGGAGAAACAAGGGAAAAAGACAUGAGCAAUGUGUUGGCUAAACUUUGGGUACUAAAUUGAAAGCCACCAUGAAUCUCGAGAUGGUAUGGUAAGUAUGUUGCUCUGUCUUUACAACUCUAUGGUGAAAGGCUGAUAUUCCUGGCAUUAGCCAUUAGAGCAGGCACCCCCCAAACUGCGGCCCUCCAGAUGUUUUGGCCUACAAUUCCCAUGAUCCCUAGCUAACAGGACUGGUGGUCAGGGAUGAUGGGACUUGUAGUCCAAAACAUCCGGAGGGCCGAAGUUUGGGAAUGCCUGCAUUAGAGUGCCAGCCACUUAUAUUUAAUACCCAAAGUGCUCCUAAGGACUGGACUGGGACUAGGCCCCUGGCUUUCCACCCUGACCAAUGGCCCAGAUAGACCCGGUCAAUGGUAGGUUGACAAAGAGUCUGGCCAAUCAGGGCAUGUUGAUUAGAUUUCCUGGUUUGUUUGCUCUGUUCACUUUUGGGCAUGUGGGAGCCUUGGGGGGAGAGAGGUGUCUGUCAGAGCACUCAUCAGUGCAAUAAUUCCUCCAAUAGAACCUGCUGAGGGCACCUGCCUUGGAGCAUUGGAGCCUAGAAGCAAAAAUUGGUUCAGAGACCGCCAGGCAGAGCGAUUUGCCGAAUGGCCGAAACCAGUCUUGGAGGCGGCCCAGGAAAGUUUGAGCUGAGGAGGUUAUCUUGGUUAGCAUGUCUACAUGGCUUUCCAGCCUACCUCGCGUGGCCUUGUAGCAAGAACCGAGAGUGUGCUGGCCUUGACACUUUUAGCACUUAGGUCGUCACAGUUGGCCUUGGGUUGGAAGAUGGCAUCUGCAGCUCACAGCUGACAAGGCAUUUUGCAACAGCAGAGUUCGGAGGCAGGUUUUUGACCCAUCAUGCUCAACUGAGCACCCGUGACACAUCUUGUGACCAGUAUACAACUGUGAGGGGUGGGUGAGUGUGCCAAGGCUUCUCCCUUACUCAAGUUCUCUUUCACCCUCUCACAAUAUUGCGCACCUUUUUCUUUUUCUUUUCUUUUUUUUUGAAUAAUAGGCUGUGUGUUGGUUCCACCUUCCUGUUUUUGCUUGAUUCUCCUCUUCACAAGAUGUUCCACCUUGGGUGCUUCAGGUCAAAGGUGCCUCCCGACGGGACAUCUUUAAAAAAAACACCAGCCAGCCAACCCACACCCAUCCAGGGAACUUAUUCUUAGCAGCUAAAUGGUUAAAAGACCCUUGGAAGCCAAUGCUUAUGAAUGAGAGAGGCAAAGUUUGGCCAGGUGCCAGGAUAUGCUUUAAGGAGUGGGGGCAACCCAGUGAGAGCGUGAGAGAGACCUGAUGAUGGGAUCCUUAUGGGGGGGGGAGGCAGGGAAGGGAAGAGGGGGCACCCGCACAAGCCACGCAGCUGACUGCCUCCAGUGCCACGACCAACUUAAUUUUUAUAUUUAUUUAUUUUUUUCUUAAGCGAUAAUUCCAUGUCCUGAGGUUACAAACCGGCUGCAACUGGUUUUAUUUUUUUUCCUUCUUCUCUCCCCUUCCCUUCCCCUGCCCCCGCUAAGCAUCAUGGGUAAAAGUAAGCAUCCCCCCCUUUUCUUUUGUUUAAUAUAACGGCACCACAGAUGAUUGGCAGGGACGUGCCCGUUCCACGACUGGGCUCCGGCAGGUCCCUGGAGGGGGAUGGCACGCCGCGGCCAUCCAUGUUCCACCGAGGGGGCUUCUGGUGAAAAAGCACCCUGGCUUUCCCCCCUACCCUCCUCGUGGGCUGGCGAACCGACUCCCCCUCCAUCCGUCUGUCUCUCCCCUCCUCUUGACAAGUCAGGGAGGGAGUGGGAACACGCUACCUGAUGGACCGUAUGACAGAGGACGCCCUGCGCCUGAAUCUCUUGAAGCGGAGCCUGGACCAAGCCGAUGAGCGGGAUGAUGUCCUGGCCAAGAGACUGAAGAUGGAAGGGCAUGAGGCCAUGGAGCGCCUCAAGAUGCUGGCGCUGCUCAAGAGGAAGGACCUGGCGGGCAUCGAGGUGCCCCAUGAGCUGCCCGUCAAGCAGGACGGCCUGAAGGUCUAUGAGGAGAAGCUGAAUGGGAACAUGAGGCCCCACACGGACAGCCGGUCUUCAGGGAGGCCAGGGAAGGAAAACAUCAAUGAGGAGCCAGUGGACAUGAGCGCAAAGAGAAGCAGUGACCAGGACAGGGGACGGCUCACACCCUCGCCAGACAUCAUUGUCCUUUCUGAUAAUGAGGCCUCCAGUCCCCGUUCCAGUUCCCGCAUGGAAGAGAGGCUCAAGGCUGCCAAUCUGGAAAUGUUCAAGGGCAAAGGCAUUGAGGAGAGGCAGCAGCUCAUCAAGCAGCUACGGGACGAGCUACGGCUGGAGGAGGCCCGGCUGGUGCUGCUGAAGAAGCUACGGCAGAGCCAGCUGCAGAAGGAGAACGUGGUGCAAAAGACUCCAGUUGUCCAAAACGCAGCAUCUAUUGUCCAGCCAUCUCCUGCCCAUGUCGGACAGCAGGCUCUGUCCAAACUUCCCUCCCGGCCUGGAGCUCAAGGGGUUGAGCCCCAAAACCUCCGAACAUUACAGGGUCACACCGUCAUCCGGUCCGCCACCAACACGACCCUCCCCCACAUGCUUAUGUCGCAGCGCGUCAUCGCACCAAACCCCGCCCAGCUCCAGCAACGUGUCCCUCCGAAACCGGGCCUCAUCCGCACCACCACUCCGAGCAUGAGCCCCGCCAUCAGCUACCAGCCACAGUCCAGCUCGGCCGUCCCCUGCCAGCGCACCACGUCGUCUGCCAUCUACAUGAACCUUGCCUCCCAUAUCCAGCCGGGCACGGUGAACCGGGUGUCGUCGCCCCUGCCCAGCCCCAGCGCGCUCAACGACGCCGCCAACUCCCAGGCGGCUGCCAAGCUCGCCUUGCGCAAGCAACUGGAAAAGACCCUCCUGGAGAUCCCGCCCCCCAAACCGCCCGCCCCUUUGCUCCACUUCCUGCCCAGCGCAGCCAACAGCGAGUUCAUCUACAUGGUGGGGCUGGAGGAGGUGGUGCAGAGCGUCAUUGACAGCCAAGGCAAAGGUUGUGCUUCCCUCUUGCGAGUGGAGCCCUUUGUUUGCGCCCAGUGCCGCACGGACUUCACCCCGCACUGGAAGCAGGAGAAGAACGGCAAGAUCCUGUGUGAGCAGUGCAUGACCUCCAACCAGAAGAAGGCGCUUAAGGCUGAGCACACCAACCGGCUGAAGAACGCCUUUGUCAAAGCUCUGCAGCAAGAGCAGGAGAUAGAGCAGCGGUUGCAGCAGCAGGCAGCAUUGUCCCCCACCGCCACUCCCGCCAGCGUGUCCAGCGUUAGCAAACAGGAGAGCAUCAUGCGACAUCACACACUCCGCCAGGCGCCGCAACCCCAGAGCACCCUGCAGCGUGGCAUCCCCACCUCGGCCCGCUCCAUGCUGUCCAACUUUGCGCAGGCCCCGCAGCUUUCUGUGGCAGGAGGCCUUCUCGGCAUGCCAGGUGUCAACAUCGCCUACCUGAACGCCGGGAUCGGGGGCCACAAAGCGUCCAGCCUGGCAGACCGGCAGCGGGAGUACCUUCUAGAUAUGAUCCCGCCACGCUCUAUAUCGCAGUCCAUCAGCGGGCAGAAAUAACGCCAGCUGCGCCCCCCUCCCCACCCUUUCCCCACCCACCUGCCUCCCCCCCCCCAAUCCAUCGCAUGCAGUGCCUGUACUGGUGCCUACCAUAUGUGGAGGAAAAGACAAAAGACAAAAAAAGACAAAAAAGAAGACGACAAAAAAAAAACCACAAAAAAUGAGAAAAAAAGACAAGAACAUUUUAAAAAAAAACACUUCAGUGACCUGCCCUCUUCCGGAACCAACUCUCCCUCCCGCUUCUCUUCUCAUCUCCGGAUUUUGUUUGUGGGGAGAGGCCAGGCGCACCCGUCCCUCCUCCAUCCCUCCUUCACUCCGUUCCCGAAGUGAGAACGCGCCUGCUUGGAUCCUGCACUAUACACUAUGUUAAUGCUUUGUUUUACGCUCCCUUUUAUUUUAUUUUUUAAUUUGUAAUGAUAACGCGUAGAAUUUUUAAACUUGUUGUGUUCUUAUUUUUAUUUCCCUUUGGCUUAAAAUGGACGGCUGAGAGAGAGCGCACCUUUUUUUGGUUUCUUUUUUAAAAAAAAGGAAAUCUUCUCUAGAGACUUUGAAAGGCUCUUCCUCCUGAAAGCUGAUCGGGGCUGACUCAGGGCUUUCGGCAGAGUUGUUACAGAGGCGCCCCGAGAUGGGGAGGUGCAGGCCACCCCCAUGGGUGUGGCCAAGCAUCUAGAAGGCACAGCCCUGGAAGCUGAUGGCGUCUCAGAGAGUCAUCCCUGGUUUGGGUGGGUUUCUUUGUUUCCAAAGGAGUGGGCUAGAGGGCCAUGAGCUUGCCGUUGGCAGAGGGGGGCACGCUUCUCUGAAAGGUCCAUGCCGGGGAACUGACGCUGUCUGCGCCCUUGGAGAGAGGCCUCCGAAGACGAACUGUGUUGGGUUCUUUCAAACGCGCUUUGGCUCUUUUCACCCCUCUGGGCUGUCGGCUUCCCCCAAGCUUGCCCCCCCUGUCCGGUCUCCGUUAUGCCGCCCCUUGCCCAGGCCAAAGGAGCUCCAGGCGUCAUGGCGGUUCCCCAAAGUGUUUCUCCAUGUGCGGAGCCGUCUCUUCACUCGUCUCUCCUGCACCGUUCGUGCCUCGGAGGCCACCGUUGACGGGCCUUGAACAUCUUGCAGUGUUGCAUCAGCGGAGGGUACCAGAACGUGAAACCGGCCUUCUCUGCCCACCCUUCAGUUGCCGGGGGAGCCCCAACGAGAGAGAGAGAGAGCCAAAUGUUUCCAGGUCCACCACUGCCACCACCUGCAGGAGGAGGAAGCGAAGCCCUCGAGGUCAGCCCCGGAGGCAUUGCCCUGACAUCGAACCCUCGCGAGUGGAGAGCGAAUUGCUCAGUCACAUCCCAGGCCACUGCAGGAGCUCUUUGAGCCCUUACUCCACCCUGCUCUGCUUUGUUUAAAUUUUCAGCUUUUUCUGCUCUGCUCCUCCAGUUGUGUCUCCGGUCUGAAGCGAUGGGGCGGGAAAGGGAGCAUCCCUCUCUCCCUCCCGGGGUUCCCCCUCCCCGCUGGUCUUUUUUCCUCGCGUCCCCCUUCCAGAAGCACUGAAUCAAGGACCCCAAAGCCCCCUGAACUCGCCCACACAGGCAUCCCAGCCGGCACUCCCCACCAGGUCUGCGGUGUCCCCUCCCCUCGCCUGCGCUUCCUCCCCCCCCCUCCAAUCACUGAGCACUUAACAAAGAAACAGAGGUGGGAGGAACCGCCAGAUACUUUUCAUAAGCUAGCAGAAGGUUAGCAUUGCAGGUGUGUGUCGGUGUGUGUAGAUCGGGAUAGCUAACUCUGAGGUUCUCCCGCUCUUGAUGUUGCCAGGCCAAUUGUCCCAUCCCUAGGUUAUGGUCCAAGCUCCCUGGGGCUGGUGGGAGUUGGUGUCUGGCCGCAUCUUUGAGGGCCACGGGGUUAACUAUCAAUACACACACACACAAGACAUGCAUCCCAAUAGUUUCCGUUUCCCUGGAAAGCUUUUUCUUUUUGCUCCAGGAUCCUUCCGACUGUAGAGAUGCCGGCAGGAAGGUUUCCUUUGAAAGAAAGAAAAAAAGGUUUUGCUGCGUCUUAAGAUAUCUCCUUCACGUGCUACACCCUUCCUCGCCUCCUUGAGGACCCCGAACCCUUGCCCACCCUCCCCAACUUGCUUAAAUUUGAUCUGCGAUCUUCCCCCACCCCAAAACAAGUGCCAUUGCCCUCCCCGCACCCCUUCCCCCUUUAGAAUCGGGCGUUGCCAAGUGUGAACCAGUUCUAGCCACCUAGUGUUAUUGGGGAGGGGGCGGGUAUCCUUUUGGUCUUGUGUUGUUGUUUUCUAUUAAAAAAAAACAUAUAUGGUGAUGUAAGAAAUGUGCAAUAAUUAUUGCCUCUGCCUUUCAGGGCCCAGGCAGAGGCUUUGGUGGCAAGCAUUGAACGGUAGCAAACCAGCCACUACUUUGUAGUUUUGGGGUGGGAGGGCAAGGAUUAGCCACUCCCCCUCCCCACCGCCAUCACCACACUGGCGUGGCAUAUAUGGCUUUGGCAAUAGGGCAGAGGACUUCCCCACCCCACCCCCCGGAAGAAUCCUGCGUAUUGAAUCAGUGCUUCUCUCUUCCCCUGGCUCCUCCCAGUCUUUUCCUACCCCAAAGGGUGAUCCCCAACAAAGUUCUUCUCCAAUGAGACUCCUUGAAAUUAAGGAACCUAAGCUAGUCAUCUCCCACCCGCCAGGUCUACUCUAAAACUAGUAACAACCCAAAGUUUGCCGUUCUAGAUCAGCCAGCCAGAACUCUUCUCUUCCACACUGUUUCUGUUGGGACCACCUUUUGCCCUGUGUGCAAAAUGUCCCUCUCCAAAAGGAGCCUUGAGUCUGCUCAGCAGACCAGCCUGAGGACCGCAGUUGGAGUUUUCUCACCUUCCCCCAGAAGAGGGUCUUCCCGGUGGCAUUAGCAGCGAGCCUCCUUGCAGAAUAAAUUCGCUCCUGGCUGAAACUUUCCAGGCUCAAACUUUCCAGGUUGGCAAAGAUAUAUCUCUCUCUUUUUUUGGAAGCAGAUGUUUUGGGAUGAGGGAGAGGCACUGAUCUAGGAAGGAUUUUUUUCUUCACCUCUUUUUUUCUCUCUUUAGCACAGAGAGGGGAAGAAUGGCUCGGGGGGGGGGGCAUUUCUAUAGGGGAGAGUGGGGAGACUGCCCUACCUUGUGCACUCAGGCAGGUAACUCCACUUUCGCUUCCCCCAGGAGCAUGUCUCUUUAGUAUAGAGCAGGAUCAUGGCCCUUUGGCACUUCUGCCCAGCUCCCCAUCCCCUCAGUCCCCCUCUUUAAAACAACGUCCCUUCCCAGGAUGCAAUAUUUGCCUGUGGCGGACACACAACCUCCCUCCUUUCCACCCACCCCAUAAAUCUCUUACCGUACUUUAAAAUUGAUUCCCAUCUUCCUGCUUUCCUAAAGCCAACAAAUGUCUUUCUCUCACAUAUACACACAAACCCAUUUCUCUCUUUUGUUUUUCUGAGGGGGCGGGGGGUUUAAUGUAGAAAACCAUCCUUUUUCACGGUACAGAAUUAAGGGUUUCCUUUUCCAUCUUAGGGGUUUUUUCUCUCUCUUUUCCAGAUUAGUCAUACGUGCUUUGUGGUUGAUGGUGUUUUUAUUUUUCUCCCGCGUUUCUUCCAUGGGGGGUGGGGAAGAGAGGAGAAGCAUAACUCGCCUCCCUCGGCCUCUGUUUCACACUCCUUCCCCCCAACCUCAGUUUUUUCCUCCCAUUUUUUUCGCUCCCUUUCUCCUCCCCCACCCCACGACGAGCUCUUCUUAGCUUAACAAUACUUGCUGCCGAAAUGUUAUAACUAAAGACUUUUCUUCGUUGUAUAUAAGCUAUUUCUUGACACAUUUAAAAAUAAAAAAGAGAAAACUGAAAAAAAAAAGUUUGGGGGCGGGGGUGCGGGAAAACCGACAACAAAAAACAAACCGGGGGGGGAAUUGUACAUUUGUGUAGAGAAAACAAAAACGACAAAAAGAGAAGACAGCUUAGCCAUGAAUAUUGUGAAAGUUCUUUAACGUCCUUUUUGUAGUGUGACCUUCUUUGUGUACGGCGUUUAAAAUGUGCAAAAGGCAGUUUCCUGGAGAUAGGGGGAGGGAGGAGGCUGGGGUGGGGCGCUAUGCAGCUCAUGUCGCCCGCCCCACACUUUAUGCACCCCCCACCCCCCCAAAAGCUGAAAUGGACUUGGUGGUAGCCAUCAUUUCCCCAAAAGGUGCCUUUUCUUUCACUUGUUUCAGAAGCAAGGAGUCCCAUGAACUACCAGCAUGCACACGGACUUUGAGCCUUGGUAGAGGCCACAGGCCCAGGGGCUCCCUCCCCAAAUACCCGCCCCCCAACCCCAAGUUUUCACAAACGGGGGAUCAAAACAAAUACUAGUAUUAAACUAUAAAUGUAUUUGCACUGUUUGUAACGAAUGCUUUAGGCUUGAGACAGCAUACACUUCUCUCGACUGUUCCGCAUCUGGUGUCCAGAAACUCAGCCCCCUCCGACCCCAAUUUCCAGGGAGACACAGUACUUCUCCCUCCAUCUCCCCUUUCAAUCAUUUGCUGAUCCCUCUCGGCUUCAUCGCCUUUCAUUCCUUCCGCCUCUCAAUGAUCCGCUUUCUAUCAUCCCCCCCCCAAACCCCUCUUAAAUAUCAAUAACAUUCUAGGGACUGUUUGAUAUUCUUUCCCCUGCACCCCAAGAAAGUGCAUGCAAGAUUUGAGUUCCUGAAAAUCUUGGGUUUUUUAAAAAAUUAUGUGGACCGUGCUUCUAUCCCUCAUGGUUCCAGCACACAAGCAACUCCUGCGAAAGUUUCCACUGCCCAGGAGCGCAGAGAUUGCGCUCUGCUUAGCUAAGCUGUUCAUCCAGAAGUGUUUGUGUGCAUGCAUGUACAUACAGGGUCCGAUACAGGAAGGGAGAAUGUGACUCGUUCCACAUCAACCGGCCAUUGCCAAACAAGUUCAAAGCCCAUCAGUGCAGUGGGAAAUAUUGGGCUUAAUGUCUCUCAUACAAAACCUUUGUCAGCUUCAGCUUCCCAAGGUUCUUAACGUGGGAGUGGAAAGGUGUAAUAGAUUCUCUAUGAAAGGCAAGCACUCCAGUACCUUUGAGAUCCGUUGAGUGUGAAGAGAGCCGCUUAAAUGCCUUGUCUGUCUUAAUUGGGAGCCUGAAGUCUUUGCAUGCCAGCACGUUCUGAGCAGAGUCUCUCCUUAACUUGAGGGCCAUCCUUAUGAGCUGUCAGACCCUCUUAUGGAGGGCUCUUAAAGAAAUGGACCUUGUCUCUUAUCUACUUUGGAGAACGACAAUUCCAGAAAUGGACCAAAGUGCUGCUUUCGCAUCUUGUGCAGCCCUUCCAAUGCCUUUUGUUUAUUUGCCCUUAAGAUUCCAGGGCGUCUGAUUCCUAACACUCCACAGAAAGUUUGGCUCCUUUUUCCAAUGCUAUUUCAUUCCCCUUUGGGCCAAAUCGGGCGUUUGGGAGUAGCUUUUUGACUUCUUGGUCGGUGUACUCUUUUUAUAAAGCCAAGCUUCUCGUCUUUAUGACAUUACUAAACUCAAGAGGACUCCAGCAUUUAAGGGCUGUAAUUUUUACAGCCUUCCAUUAUGGGUGCAUUCUUUGUGACCUUCUGUCUUGCCAAUAUCACCUCUCUUGAAAUUUAUGUUCAAACCCCCCAGGUACGGAGGCUUCAAGGAAAAUCUGAGCAAAGCUGUUGUGAAACCAGCAUGUGUUCACCAUUGAUUUGAAGGAUUGUGUGUGUGUGUGUGUAACCUGAGGGACAGAAUCACGUUUUUAAAUUUUGGUGUCACAUGACGAGCCCCCAGAGCUGACUGAAUCAGUCCAUCCCACGUUUGAGUUGCAGCAUGCUGGAUAACAUUGAUGGUAGCCGAAAGGCACUUUCUCACCUUCCCAUACUUCCUGGUUGCAUGCAGUGCUAUUCCCACUCAGAGUAGACCCAUUGAAAGCAAUGGGUGUGAUCAACUUAGGCCGCUUUUAAUUUCUGCGGGCCUGCUCUUGAAUAUACCUUAGGUGUGCACAACCCUGUAUCUUCACAUCUCUGGUCCCAAACUCUGGUCCCGGAGAUGUCUGCCCAGACCCCUCUCCCUCAACCAUUCAAGCGAUGGCGUGGUCCCAGUUCCCCCCUCUUCUGUCUCCUGGCCUGAAUUCAGGGACCCACACCCCCAGUUGAGCAAAGUGUGCAGAGGGUGGGAGAGUCAACCAGAUGAACAUCAGGUUGUCCCUUUGCCGCCUUGGGGAUGGUUGGCUGCGUGGGGAAGGAACGUGUGGGAAUCCUUUGUCCCUCCUGAUGUUGCUAAGCGACAGCUCCCAUCCCUAGCCAUUGACCGCGCUUGCUGGGGCUGAUGGGAGUUGUAGUUCAGCAAUAUCGGGAGGGCCAAAUGAUUCCUACUUGUGGGGUGUGGACUCCUGGUGCCCUCCCUCACCCAAGCACUUCUUCCUUGGCCAUCUCUUUUCAGGACCUGCAGCCAUGUUUACCAUUCCUCCCAAAGAGGCUGUUGACCGUGAGUCAAUCUUACUCUAGUUCUUGAGAACCAACUACCACCUCUUAAUACAGUCAUAAUUUCCCACACACACACACAUACUCAACUUCCACCUUCUCUUUCCCCCCCACACUCCCAUUGUGGAUCUUGUAUCUCGUAGGGGUCCCCCCCCCCUCCCUGAGCACAGCAUGAGAUCUCCUGCAAGGAUCACAGCAAAUCCGGGGAAGUCAGUUGCAACCGUCCUACAGCCAUAUGUUACAGAGGCAGGGUUCAGCUUCACCCCCUUAUCUCUUUGGGUCAAGAGCAAUGGUAGUCCCCUUGCUGGGGCUGCCCAAGGGCCUAACUUGCCAGGGAGGCCCUUCCUCUCCUCCCCACCCCCCCAAAACAUCCCAUUUUGCCACACUCCCUCUUCAGCCUUCAAUUCCUCUAGCUCAGGUGGGAAGCUGCAGCCCUCCAGAUGUUGGGAACCUGUGGCCUUCCAGAUGUUGCUGCAGUGCAGCUCCCACCAUCCCUGACCGUUUGGCGCAUGGGCUGAAGCUGAUGGGAGCUGGAGGUCCAGCAACAACCAGAGGGCCACCGAUUCCCCAUCCCCACAGCACGGGGGGCUCACGGCACCACGAGUCGUUCCGUUGCAGGAGCAGGGUGUGUGUGUGUUAAAAAGACAAAAAUAAAAAAUAAAUCAUGAGGCUUAGCGCGCACACACACCAAUUUGAAACCCAGGGCAGCGAGAGAUGGCUGAGCUCGGGAGGGAUCGGAGAGAAUUGCAGCUGCAAAUUAUCGGGGGGAAGGGGGCAACCUUGGUGGAAAUCGGGCCUUUUGCACAAUUUUAAGAGGGCUUUUAAUUUUAAUUUUCCGCAUUGUGUUUUUGAAAAUCCGGUUUAAAAGGAGGAGGAAGGAAGGAGGAAAAAAAAAGCUGUUUAAAUAUUGCCAAUUGAUUAUGCAGUGACCUGAUUAAAAAUAAUAAUAAUAAGCUAAUUUUUGGAGAAAGGAUUAAAAAAAACUUUGUAAUAUUUAUCACUUGCAAGCUAUGUUUAAUAAAGAAAGGAAUGGUUUAUACAUUUUGAUGUGACUGGCGCAUUUUGGAUUUGCUGUCGGGGAGACGCGGGUAGAGGUCUUUGGAUGCAGCACAAUAGAAUUGUUUAAAUGAAUACUUGUGUUUGCAUAUGGGUCACCGAGCAGCAUCCUUGGGCCGGGGGCGAAAUCUUCAGGGAACGACUCGCCUCUGCCAUUGGUCACUCGCCCAACUCCUUGGGUUAGUCCCCCUAGUGGUGAGGAAUAGCUAACACUGCCCUUCUAGCUACAGGUAGGUAGCCCGUGUUGCUCUGCCGUCGAAACAAAAAUAAAAUAGAAAAAUUCCUUCCAGUAGCACCUUAGAGACCAACUAGGUUUGUCAUUGGUAUGAGCUUUCGUGUGCAAAGCAUUUGGGACUUUCUGGUUUAGAGAAAAGGUGAGUUAAGAAUCUCCGGCCUGCAGGACCUCCUUUACAAACUCAACUCUUGCCAGUUGUUUGUGGAUGGAUUUGUGAGCAUAGGGUGUGUGCAUGUAAAUUCAGUGUGCACACAGCUUUGGCUCCGCCCAUGGGUGGCUUUGGCCCCGCCCACCACUGGCAUGAGCCCCACCCAUCUUGCGGCUGAAAAGGCUCCCCCACCCGACUUAAUCCAUAUUCUCCCCCAAGGUCCUGGGACCAAAUUUCCUUCCCAGCCUUGCAGCUGGAGAACUUCUUAACCGGAGGGGGAAAUGGGGACCUUCAAAAAGGGUUCUGAGGGGCCACUAACUUAUGCCUCUUCCCCAUAACUUAAAAAAAAAAAAUCACUCUUCAAAGAUUUUUUUAAAAGCUUUUCUCAUCUCAAGGCGUUUUUUAGUCUGUGGAAGUUGCAUUCCAAACUAGGUGGGUGAGCAGUGAAUGCCAGUUUUUUCAGGAAGCCCUCCAGAAUUUGCUUGGGCUAGUUCAGUUACGAAGGUAACUGAUGGGCCAUUAGGAUAUUAUUAUUAUUAUUAUUAUUAUUAUUAUUAUUAUUAUUAUUAUUAUUAUUUCCUAUCUCGCUCUUCCUCCCAAUGGAGCCCAGGUUGGCAAACAUGCAAUGUGUAAGGGUUAAAAAUAAAACGUUUAAACGCUGUCAAAACAUUUACCUGGGAGCAAACUACAGAGAUGUUUUGACACUUGAAGUGUAUGUUUUUUAGUAACCAACUUAAUGCUCGUAAGUGGUUUUAAUACUGUGUUUUAGGGCUAUAACCUGCCCAGGGACCUUAUGGGGAAUGGCAGGAAAGAGAUGAUUAAAAUAAACUUAGGCUGUAGUCCUGUGUUAUGUGGUUUAUACAUUUAAAGCAGUAGCAUACCACUUGAAACAGCCGCAGCUUUCCCCAAAAGAAUCCUGGGAACUGUAGUUUGCUAGUGGCUCUGAGAGGUUUUAGGAGGUCACCACACAUUUCUCCUACAGAGCCACAAUUCCCAGAGUGCUUUAACAAUCCAAGGGGACAGAACAGAACAAUACCAGAUGGGCGGUGUAUAAAAAAUAAAUUAUUAUUAUUAUUACUACAGUAGGAAUUGUAGCUGCGCUAGGAAAAUAGGGUGUCUCCUAUAACAUCUCUCGGCACCCUAACAAACUACAGUUCCCAGGAUUCCUUUGGGGGAAGCCAUGACUGUUUAUAGUGCUGUGGUGCUUUAAAUGUAUAGUGCAGAUGGAAUCCAAGUCUACUCAGAAUAUCCAUUGCAUGUCCUGUCAAGAAACAAUACUUUAAAAAAGCCGGACUCAUACUUUUAAAAUUUUGUUCUGUGUGUUUCAGAUUCAUUGCCCUAUGUCAAUCUCUGCUAAUGGGUGAAUCUUCCAUUCCUCCUGCCCCUCCCACAAAAACAAAACAGAGUACAACCAAGAGUUGUUUUGCACAUUGUUUUUUUUUUAAUUUUCAACACAAGACAAGAAAGAUUUCCAGACAUCAACCCUGCAUCCUUGAGGUUUUGAAACCUUCGGUGGCUACCUCUCUUUUGAACUGAGCUGUAAAAUUGGGGCCACUGCAGAAGGUGUGAUACAAACGAGUUUACUCUUGAGUAGGAAUGGGAGAAAUCUCUCCUGGCAGUUCAUUGGUUUUGUUUGUUUUAAAUCACAAAAACAAGGGGCCAAGUUCGCAUAAUGGUGUAACUU